UCUUCUUGCCUUACCUCUCAGCAGCCACCUACAUCAUGCCUUCUAUGUAUGGACUCCCAGCCUUCACAUCAGCCACAGAGCUGCUCCUGGCCACCACCAUAUUCUGCCUCGUAUUCUGGGUGGUCAGAGCUUCAAGGACCCGGGUCCCUAAAGGCCUGAAGACUCCACCCGGACCCUGGGGCUGGCCCUUCAUUGGGCACAUAUUGACCCUGGGGAAGAACCCACACCUGUCGCUGACAAAGCUGAGCAAACAGUAUGGGGAUGUACUGCAGAUUCGCAUUGGCUCCACACCUGUGGUGGUGCUGAGUGGCCUGGACACCAUCCGGCAGGCCCUGGUGCGGCAGGGAGAUGACUUCAAGGGCCGGCCAGACCUCUACAGUUUUAAUUUCAUCAGUAAUGGCCAGAGCAUGACUUUCAACCCAGACUCUGGACCGGUGUGGGCUGCCCGCCGGCGCCUGGCCCAGAAUGCCCUGAAGAGUUUCUCCAUAGCCUCAGACCCGACAUCAGCAUCCUCCUGCUACUUGGAGGAGCACGUGAGCAAGGAGGCUGAAUAUCUAAUCAGCAAGUUCCAGAAUCUGAUGGCAGAGGUUGGCCACUUUGACCCUUACAGGUAUUUGGUAGUGUCAGUGGCCAAUGUCAUCUGUGCCAUGUGCUUUGGCCAACGUUAUGACCAUGAUAACCAAGAGCUGCUGAGCAUCAUCAAUCUGAACAAUGAGUUUGGGGAGGUCACUGGCUCUGGAUACCCUGCUGACUUCAUCCCUGUCCUCCGCUACCUGCCUAACUCCUCCCUGGAUGUCUUCAAGGACUUGAAUAAGAAGGCCUACAACUUCAUGAAGAAGUUGGUCAAGGAGCACUACAGGACAUUUGAGAAGGGCCACAUCCGGGACAUCACAGACAGCCUCAUUGAGCACUGUCAGGACAAGAAACUGGACGAGAACGCCAAUGUCCAGCUGUCGGAUGAGAAGAUCAUUACGAUUGUGCUUGACCUUUUUGGAGCUGGGUUUGACACGGUCACAACUGCUAUCUCUUGGAGCCUCAUGUACCUGGUGACAAACCCUAGGGUACAGAGAAAGAUCCAGGAGGAGCUCGACACAGUGGUUGGCAGGGAUCGGCGGCCCCGGCUCUCUGACAGACCUCAGCUGCCCUAUUUGGAGGCCUUCAUCCUCGAGACCUUCCGACAUUCAUCCUUCGUCCCCUUCACCAUCCCCCACAGCACCACAAGAGAUACAAGUCUGUGUGGCUUCUAUAUUCCCAAGGAGUGUUGUGUCUUUGUGAGCCAGUGGCAGGUUAACCAUAACCAGGAACUGUGGGGUGACCCAAACAAGUUCCGGCCCGAAAGGUUUCUCACCUCCAGUGGCACUCUAGACAAGGUCCUGAGCGAGAAGGUCAUGCUGUUUGGUUUGGGCAAGCGGAAGUGCAUUGGGGAGACCAUUGGCCGUUGGGAGGUCUUUCUCUUCCUCGCCAUCUUGCUGCAGCAAAUAGAAUUCAACGUGUCACCAGGCGAGAAGGUGGAUAUGACUCCUAUCUAUGGGCUGACUUUAAAGCAUGCCCGCUGUGAACAUUUUCAAGUGAGGAUGAGGUCUUCUGGGCCUCAGCAUUGCUAGGCUUAGACUGCCCUCCAUGGUCACCAGACCAGGGGACUGUUUCCAGGGUUUAACUUCAGCCAGAAACACAAAGUCUGGGGAAUUGUGCCUGCCUCCUACCUUGGACUUGCUUCUCUAUAUGCUGAGCGCAGACAUUGGGCACUGCAGAGGCCCACAGGAACCUCACAAUCUUCCCAAGUUCAGAAACAGCUAGGAGGCCUGAAAGGAUUAGGAGGUAUGUGGGCCUCAGAAGACCCCCUGAAGGACUUUCUGGAUGCUCCAGUGGUUGGCCGGUUUGAGGAAUACUUAAAGCAGGUCAUGCCAGGAUCCAUCUGGUUUCUUUGACACCUGGGAGUUGCGGAGAAUGGAGGAAGAAGACAACUCAAAAUACUGGCACAGAGGUGCUCUUGCCAUUGGCUAAGAAUAAGCAGCCUGUCUGUGCGGGUUAAUGUCCCUGCACAUGGGGAUCGCCUUUGUUCACCUUACAUAGGAGUAAACAGGG